AUGGAUGCUAUCGAUUCAACACCAGGAAUACGAGAACGAAAUAGUCAUGAAUUGUAUUGGAAUGAUUUGGAUCAAGGAAAAUUUUUAAGUCUACUUGCUGCUAGUUCGUUAGUAGUACGAACAUGCUUUCAUCCAUUGGGUCUUGUCAAGAUUCGUCUUCAGACAGCAGCCAAAGGUGGUUUAUCAACAGUAAAAAUGAUUCAACAAGUAUGGUACAAAGAAGGACCAAUACGUGGUUUCUAUCGAGGCUUUCCAAUUAGUCUCGGUAGUCUUAUUGCCGAACCUAUUUUCACAGGAACACUUGAAAAAAUGCGAACAAUUCUCAAAAGUAAUCGACCUAGUCAAAUCGCUCAUUCUCAUUGGGAUAUUAUUACUAGUACAUUGUCUGGUUGUACGGCAGCUUUGAUUUAUCAAUCUUUAACAGUACCGAUUGAUAUAAUAGCACAACGAAUUAUGAUUACUCGAGCACGUGAUAAUGUACAUGUUGUCAAUAUUAUUCGUGAUAUAUAUUAUCGAUCAGGUGAUGGUAUUCGUGGUUUUUAUAAAGGAUACUUAGUAUCACUUUCAAUGUCGAUUCCAUAUAAUUCAAUUAUAUGGACAAUCUAUUGGCGAGUUCAAGCCAAACUUGAACGAAUUAUUCCUUUCGAAUAUGAUCGAUUGAUAGCUCCUCUUUCAGCUAUCAUAGCAUCUCUAUUAACAUCACUUUUAACUCAACCUAUAGAUGUUCUUAAAACUCGUCUUCAAGUAGCUUCAAAACGACAAUCACUUUGGAGAACAUUUCGAAUUUUAAUUGAUGAACGUGGUUUAAGAGGUUGUUUCUCUGGAUCUUUACCUCGAGCUUGUAUUCUUGUACCUUACUCUAUUGUAAUGAUGUCUUUCUAUGAAAUAAUCAAACGAGCAUCUGUACGAUCUAUUCCAAAUUAA